AUGAUGACCGGCAAAGACGCCAUCGUGACGGUGCAAGAUGCCAUGUCCGACUACCAGGACAAGCAGUCGAUGCGUUAUGCCGACCAGAGCAUCGAGAUGACACGGCAGUCGACAAGUCCCAUCAACGGAACUCCAUACCCCCCUCGACGACAGCUCUCCGACACCGACCCCGAAGACGAAGGACUGACACAGCUCGGCCUGAAAUGGAAGCGGAUCAGGAGGAACGUCCUCCUGCGGUACAUCAUCUACAUCGUUCCCGUAGCCAUCCUCCUGGCCAUCCCCAUCGUUCUCUGCGCCACGGUAUACAAGGACAAGAAGAUCAUAUCCCCCAUCAAAACAACGUCCACUACCCCCAUCACCACCACCAACGUCACCCAGAUCGACCCCGUCCACGGCAACAGCACCACCGACGUCACCAAUCUGUAUAACACCACCACGGCCACCGUGUACCAGACCACCACACACACGGACCACCGUGGCAUUCGUCUGCUGGGUCUGUUCAUCUGGAUCGAGGUCGUCUGGGUCUUCCUGUGGAUCGCCAAACUCCUUGCCCAAGCCGUCCCGAUCGUGUUCCAAACCGUCGGAGGUGCCAUUCACACGGGCAUCCGCAAGUAUUGGCUGGUGCUCAAGGCGGUGGAGAUCCCGCUGUCGCUCUUCUUCUGGGCCAUCCUGUCCAUCUGCUCCUACUCGCUCAUCUACAUUUUCGACCAGGACUUCCACAAGGAACAUGCCGGCAACAUCAAGUGGCUCAGCACGCUGCACAACGUGCUCAAAGCCACCAUCGGCGUCUCGGCGCUGUACCUGGUGGAGAAGAUGCUCAUCCAGAUGGUCAGCGUCAACUACCACGGCAAGCAGUUCUACGACAACAUCAAGGAGCUGAAGACGCUCAGCCGCGCCAUCGAGACCAUGUACGACGUGUCGCGGCAACGCUUCCACGACAACCACCCCUCGUUCAUGGAGGAAGACCUCGACAUCCACGACACCAAGGGAUACCGCAAGGACCGGCAGGGUCGGCUGAGGAGCAAGGACCAGUCCACGGCCAUCCUCCUGACCAAUCUGGGAAAUGCCGCCGCCAACGCCACCUCCGUGUUGGGAUACCUGGUCAGCGACAUCGCCGGCCGACAGGUCCUCAUGCCUACGGCGUCGGGCCCCGUCGUCGAAGCGGCCCUCGAACGGCCCGUCAGCGCUGAAGCCCUGGCCCGGCGGAUCUGGAACUCGUUCACCAAUUUUGGCGAGACCAAGCUGGACCAGACCGCCAUCACCGCCAUGCUGGGUCCCGGCCGCGAGGCGCAGGCGGCCUACAUCCACUCCAAGGUCGACGCGGACGAGAACGGCGACCUCACCAUGGAGGAGAUGAUCGACCUGGUCAAGAAGGUUGCCUACGAUCGCCAGACCAUCUGGGAAGGCGCCAACGACGUCAAAGACGCCAUCAAGGUCCUCGACCGCGUGCUCGCGGUCAUCGUGCUGAUCUUCGUCUUCCUCAUCUACGCCGCCUUCUUCUCCAACUACCUCGCCAACCACUACACGCAGAUCUGGACGACGUUCACCGGCUGUUCGUUCCUGUUCUCCAGCACCGCCGGUGAGCUGUUCGCCGCGUGUAUCACGGUGUUCAUCAAGCACCCCUACGACGUGGGCGACCGCAUCAACGUCAACGACGUCGACAUGGACGUGGUCAAGAUUUCGCUCUUGUAUUCCGUCUUCCGCGAGGUCCAGUCGAAACAGAUGAUUCAGAUCCCCAACAGCGUCAUCAACGGCGUGUGGAUCAAGAACCUCACGCGGUCCAAGGAGCUGCGCGAGCAGCUGACGCUCAACGUGUCCGUGGGGACCUCGUUCGAGGACAUCGAGACGCUGCGGCGCGAGAUGCUCGCGUACGUGGCCGAGCACAAGCGCGACUUCAUGCCCGCCGUCGACAUCCAGCUCAUGUCCAUCGCCGACUUGUCCAAGCUGGAGCUGCGCGUCGAGUUCCAGCACAAGGGCAACUACGCCUCGGACUUUGUGCGCGCCCAGCACCGCAGCAAGUUCGUGUGCGCCCUGCUGUCGGCCGUGCGCAAGGUGCCCAUCGACGGGCCGGGCGGCGGCGGGCCCGGCGCGGGGUCGAUGGAGUCGCCCAACUACACCGUGACCAUCACGGACGAGGUGGCCAAGGAGGCGAAAGCCAAGUUCGACGAGAACAAGGACAAGAAGAGGAUGUUCCCCAAGAACGGGCCCGGCCCCAGCGCCGCCAGUGAGAUCGGUCUGGCCGUCGGCGGUGGUCCCGCCGGCAGCACCGGGCUCGAAGUCCAGCGCGGCGCCGUCGCGCGGAGUCGGACAGGUGGCGGCCCUCGAGGGUCCGAUGACUUUACCAACUUUAACUUACGUCUAUGA